GGUGCACUAAGAAAUGAGUCCGGUCCUCUUUGGAGACGGACACAAACAGUUCCGCUUUGUAAAACUGCUUUGACAGUGUUUGUAAAACCGGCGGUGAAAGAGGUAUUCAAACGCCUUACUUUAGUUAAAUCAAAUUAAACAAUUAAAGGUAAAAGUACUGAUUAUGCAGAAUGGCUAUAUUCAGAUAUAUUCUUAGAUUGUACUGAUAUAUGAUGUAUAUAUUCUAAACUAUAUUAUCUAAGAAAGUCUUAUUUUAUAUGAGCAUACUUAUUGUUAAUAUUAUUUAUUACUGUUAGAAUUACGAUUUCAUAUACUGUUGGAAAUGUUAAUCUAUAAUGAUUUGUAUGUAAAGGGUAACUAUGGCUGCACUAUUAAUAAAUGUGUAAACGUUAAAAUAUUAUUAAUAUUGAUUAUAAAUAGUACAAUAUUUUCCAAGGAUCAGAAAAUGGAAAUAAGUACUCAAUAAUGUAAUUUACUAUCCUCUACUACUGUUACAGCAGCAGAUAACGAUGGUGAUAAAAUAAUAAUAACAGGCACACGAAAAAGGUAAACUGAUAGGACUAAAAUGCACUAAUAAAUAAUAAUAGAUCUUUUUUUAAUAAUUACAUUUAAAUACAUACAUUUGCCAUGUUAGAAAUCUCUCUCAGUGACAGAUAUGAUAAACAUCAAAUAGCUGUUGUACCUGUGGAAGACAGAUAAGAAAUGUACCCAGAGUAGAUAGGGCCAACUGAAGACAGCUUGUUUCUGAAGAUAAUAGAGAUGGGACGUCCUUCCUACACAAGCCGAGCUGUCAGCAGUACAGUUGUUCAUCUUGACCGUGGAGGCACCACUGCUGAGUUUCAAGCAUUUCACGCAGCCAUGGAAGAGAAGCAGCAGCUCACAGGAGGGCCUCAUUUUGUGGGGAAGAAGGAGGAACUGAUUGAAGCGAAGCGCUCUUUCAGAACACUAGAGGGUCGAGAUAUACUGAUCAUCCACCACCAGGGAGUCUUCUAUGCUAUGGACUCUUACUGUUAUCAUGCUGGGGGAGAACUGCAGAAUGGAGACAUUGAGGAAAUUGACAGCAAGCUGUGCAUAAUUUGUCCGAAGCACAAGUACAAGAUCUCUCUUGCCAAAGGGGAGGGCAUAUACAAGGGCACCGACCCCAGGGAAAAGCCGCCUGUGCCCAGAUGGUACUCUAAGGGAGUGAAGCAGCGGACCCACGCGGUUACAGAAACGAACGGGGAUGUCUAUGUCAAGCUCUCUACAGAGAUGUGCUGGAUUGAGUCAGACUACUACCAGGGAGAGAAAGGCAAGGUGGAGAGGGCCAAAGCUGAGGCAGCUGACAACAAAACAUCUUGAUAGUAACACAGAUGGAUGAAGAUCUCUAUAGUCUGUUCUUGUCUCCCCUAAUCUCCUCUGAAGCAAUGGUUCUCAACCUGGGGUCCGGGGACUGCUAGGGGCCCUUGAGGGGGGGGGAUAUUUUCAUUUCAUUACUAUUUCAAUAGCUAAACGUUUGUCCAUUAAGAGAAUAUAUAAGAAUAACAAUUAUGUUAAUAGGUUUCACAUUAUUGAUUGUCAAUCUACAGUAUAGACAGUUAUGGAAUAAAUAAAUCUUAUCAGUUGUGGAUCACUGAAACUCAGUUUGGGGGUUCCUUGAUACCAAAAAUGUUAAGAACUAAAGAACUGCAUGAUGACUGUAUGGAGAGGAUGUCAGAUAUGCAGUAAUUACUUGAAUUUGCAUGGCCUUAAAAUGGGUAGUGUUUUUAAUGAGUUUAGGAGUGUUUAGAAUUUUAAAUUGCAUUUUUUGGGCCUUACAGAUUGUUUACACGCCAGGUCACAUAUUGCCAUACACAUGCAUCAUUUAGUUCACUGAAUAAACUUUUUUUAUGGAUGAA